AUGGUCACCCCACCGCCGAGCCAGCUGACCUUGGAAAGACAUGGCCGGCACGACGGCAAGCUGUCUUGCAGCCAACAAGGUGUGGCUUCGUCCUUGAUUCUGGAAGAGCCGAUCAAGGUGGAUGCGACCCACGGCCCGAUGAGGAACGGCAAUCAGGACCUGCGUGCAACGGAGACAUCUAUUGGGGAAGAUGAGGUCUCGCCCACGGCUACAACCGGCCUGAAAGGGAUGGAGGCGGCUGCCGGGGCAGCUGGACUUUCACCACUUGCCGAGACCACUCCGUCCGCAAGUGAGCGCAAGAAACACAACGAUGAGAAUGCACUGGCAGCGACAGA